AUGGCACCUUGUGAAGAUCGCUCGAUGGACAGUAACGACAUCGACAUCGCCAUCGACCGGGGUGGCACGUUCUGCGAUGUGAUUGCGACCGUCGGAGAUCAGAGCCCAUACGUCUUCAAGAUUCUAUCCGAGGACCCGGGAAACUACAGCGAUGCACCGACGGAGGCUAUCCGCCGCGUUCUCGAACGGGCACAAGGCCGGUCCAUUCCCCGAGGCGAAAAGCUGGAUGGCUCGAGAAUCGGUGCGUUCGAGAGAAGGAGCAGUCUGAUAUGGCCCAAGCCUGUUUCGAGCUUCGUCCUAAUAUCAACAGCGUCAUGUCGCAUAGGCACGACGGUCGCCACCAACGCCUUGCUGGAACAGAAGGGUGAGAGGUUCGCAUUCGUGGCAACCAAGGGAUUCAAGGAUGUGUGCAUCAUCGGCGACCAGACACGGCCCGACAUCUUCGCACUGCGCGUGGAGAAGGCCAAGGCGCUCCACGACAGGGUCAUCGAAGUGGACGAGCGCAUCACCAUCGAGGACUACGACCUGAACCCGUCUCCUCUGGACAAGUCGUCCGCGGCCGUCGAUGCCGACCCCGGUCUCCGGAGGACAGAGAGCGGCGAGGUGGUCCGCGUCUUGAAGGCGGUCGACACGGCCCAGGUGCGCGGGCAGCUGCUGUCACUCCGUUCGGAAGGCUAUACAUCCCUCGCAAUCUCGUUCCUGCACUCGUAUCUGUACCCGGACCACGAGCGGAUCGUGGAGGGGAUCGCGCGGGAUGUUGGCUUCCGGUACGUCUCCAUCUCGAGCGACACGAGCCGAACGAUCAAGUACCUGCGGCGCAGCACGUCGGUCUGUUCCGAGGCGUACCUCUAUCCCGUCAUAAGACGGUACAUUGAGGGUUUCGAGACCGGGUUCGAUGUGCUCCCCCGACGCACAGAGUUCAUGUGCUCGGAUGGCGGGCUCAAGCAGGCCGCCAGGUUUGGUGGGAACGAGGCCCUGGUCAGCGGGCCCGCGGGUGGUGUCGUGGGCGUCGCCAGAUCCUGCUACUUUGGUGAGUCGGCCGACCCCCUCAUCGGCCUCGACAUGGGCGGCACGAGCACCGACGUCUGCCGCUUCGACGGCCACUACGACUACCUCACAGAGUCACGCAUCGCCAACCGCACCCUCAACGUCCCCAUGCUCAAUAUCCAGACCGUCGCUGCGGGAGGGGGGUCCAUCCUCUUUGCACGCAACGGGCUGCUCGUCGUAGGCCCCGAGAGCGCCGGUGCCUAUCCUGGCCCGGCCAGCUACCGGAACGGCGGGCCGCUGACCGUCACGGACGCGAACCUGUUCCUGAACCGCCUCGACGUGACGUCGUUCCCAUCCGUCUUCGGCCCAGGUUCCAACGAGCCUCUCGACCUAGAAAUCGUCAAGGAAAAGUUUCGGGUUAUUGCUGACGACUUCAAUGCCCAGACGUCACAGCAUCUGACGCCAGAGGAGGUGGCUUGCGGAUUCAUCAAUGUUGCCAAUGAGACCAUGAGCAGGCCCAUCCGAAAUGCCACAGAGGCGAGGGGAUACGCGCCCGAGAAGCACAACCUUGUCAGCUUUGGCGGAGCAGGCGGCCAGCAUGCCUGCGCGAUUGCCGACAGGCUCGGGAUCCGACGCAUAUUAAUCCACAAGUGGUCAUCCUUGCUGUCCGCAUACGGCAUCUCCCAGUCGCAGCUACGGUCCAAGGCAUCGGAGCCCCACGCGGCCGACUUCUCCCUUUCCGAACUCCCUCGGAUCAGACGGGUCCUUGACCGGCUCAGAUGCCAGGUCCAGGAAGAUCUCGUCUCGCAGGGAGCUUCCAAGGAGACGCUUACCUUUGACGAGGUGCUGGGCCUGCACUACUUUGGCACCGACACGAUCCUUUCCAUCCUACGGCCAGACGACGACGACUACGGCAAGGCGUUCAGGACCGAGCAUCUGCGCGAGUUCGCCUUCAACCUCGACCGCAGAAUAAUAAUUGAUUCCAUCACGGUGCGCGGUUCCGGCACCGCCGGUAAGGGCGGUGCCGUUGCGCCGCCGACGCAGGACCUGGCCGCAGCGCAGACGAGGCAGACGCCGGCCAAAGCCUCCAAGGUGCAGACCCUGUACAUCGAUGGCGCCUGGAGAGAUAGCGGCGUGUACAGGCUAGCCGAUGUCGAGCGAGGUACCUUCGUCGACGGACCGGCGCUCAUCCUCGACGAGACGCAGACCAUCGUCGUGGAAGCCCGGUUCCGAGCCUACAUCUUGCCGGACCACGUCAUCAUCGACAGGGUCGAGCCCGGGGGGUCCUCGACGUCGGAAUCGGCCGGCGACGACACCUUCAGUCCCAUCCAGCUCUCCGUCUUCGCCCACAGGUUCAUGUCGAUUGCCGAGCAGAUGGGCAGCACGCUCCAGCGGACAGCCAUCUCCACGAGCAUCAGGGAGCGGCUCGACUUCUCCUGCGCAAUCUUCUCGUCCGACGGACAGUUGGUAGCCAACGCGCCUCACAUCCCCAUCCAUCUCGGGAGCAUGCAGCUGGCCAUCCAGGCACAGCACAAGCUGUGGAGAGGCAAGCUCCAGCCGGGCGAUGUGCUCAUGUCGAACCACCCCGAGUGGGGGGGCACGCAUCUGCCGGAUAUCACCGUCAUCACGCCCAUCUUCGUCGACGGUCAAGUCGCCUUCUACACGGCUAGCCGGGGUCACCACACAGAUAUCGGUGGCAAGGGCAUCACGUCGAUGAUGCCCGACUCCAAGGAGCUGUGGGAGGAGGGCCUCAACGUCACGUCCAUGAAGAUCGUCAGCGGAGGCGAGUUCCUCGAGGACGAGGUCCGCCGGGCCUUUGAGCUUGCCGGCAGCUUCCCGGGGUGCAGCCCCACCCGACGCUUCCAGGACAAUGUGUCGGACCUGAAGGCCCAGAUAUCCUCGAACCAGCGCGGCCUGAAGCUCCUCGGCCGGCUCUGCGACGAGUUCUCGCUGCCGACCGUGCAGAGGUACAUGGGCGGGAUCCAGCUCAACGCCGAGGCUGCGGUGCGCAGGUUCCUCCGCGACGUGGCGGCGCAGCACCCCGACGGACUGGGGGCCGAGGACGUAUUCGACAACGGGACCAAGAUCAAGCUCGGCAUCACGGUCGACGCCGAGACUGGAUCUGCCGUGUUCAACUUUGACGGUACCGGCCCGCAGUGCUGGAGCAACAUCAACUGCCCCAUCUCGAUCGCUCACUCGGCCGUCAUCUACACGCUACGCUGCCUCAUAGACAUGGACAUACCGCUGAACCAGGGAUGCCUGGCUCCGGUGGAGAUACGGGUGCCCAAGGGCUCGGUGCUGAACCCGCAGCCGUCGGUGGCCGUCUGCGGCAGCACCCUGGCCAGCCAGCGGGUGAUCGACGUGAUCCUGCGGGCCUUCCACUGCGUCGCCGCCUUCCAGGGCUGCGCCAGCAGCUUCGGCUGGGGCAUCGGCGGACGGAACCCGGACACGGGCAAGAUCGAGCCGGGCUGGAACUACGGCGAGUCCAUCGGCGGCGGGACGGGCGCCGGACCCGGCUGGCACGGCGAGCACGCAACUCACGUGCAUUCCACCAACACACGCAUCACGGAUGCGGAGGUGGUCGAGAAGCGCACGCCCGUCCUGGUGCGGCGGCACGAGAUCAAUCGCGGCUCGGGCGGCAGAGGCAGGUGGAAUGGCGGAGACGGCAUCACGCGCGAGAUCGAGGCGAGGAUCCCGAUGAGGUCGAGCAUCCUCUCCGAGAGGAGGGUCUUUGCGCCGUACGGAGUCGACGGCGGCCAGCCGGGCAAUGUAGGUGAGAAUGCCGUCUUCCGUCGCAAUGCAGAGGGUGGCCUGGACAAGAUCAACCUCGGUAGCCAAGCUGUUGUCGAUCUCCGGCCCGGAGAACUGAUGCAGAUCAAGACGCCGGGGGGAGGGGGCUGGGGAGUUCCCCUCGGGUCAUGA